AUGAAGAAAGUAGAGAAAAGAUUGUUCCAUGACAACAACAAGUUAUCAAAACAGAAAGAGGCGAGGUGGGUUUAACACUUUCAUUACAAGCUAUGAUAUUUGCAGGGUCUCAUUCCAGGGCCAAAAGGUCACUAAGAGGGGAAAUGAUAGGAAACUUUUUUAAAUUACAGGUGGUCUUUCUCUUUUAAAUACUAGAACUCAGGGUCAUCCAAUGAAACUGAGUGGUGGAACAUUCUAGGACUGUCUGGCCAGGGCCUCCUAAUGACUGUUUGGCCAAUGGCAACCACCAGGCAAGCAAGAGGUUCUUUGGAUACCACUGGACGGAGGACUGACAGACUCUUAGGUAGCGACAAACUUUUAUUAAUUGGUUAACAUUAGCAAAGAAAUUGAUCAGCAACGUAGGACAGAGUCUAAUGUAAAGCCAACAGCAACUGGAAUAAAUUACAAAGCUAGCAAUAUAACCAAUAAGCAAAAGUUCUUGGGAAACAAUAAUAAUAAUACGAAUAGAAUAGGUUCAGUUCUUCAUGUCUCCCCAGCCGAUGGAGAUCUGGAAGGCUUCAGACUGGCAGACAGUCUUUCUCUUCACAUUCUGGAAUGGAGCAUAGAAUAAUGUAUCAAGAUCUCACUGUCUCCUUCAGCUGCUGGCCAUUAUAUAGUCCAUAGUGAAAGUCUCGUGCCAAGGCCUGUUCUCUGAAGGCAGCCCUGUUCAGGUAAGUUUUUAAUGUGUGAUAUUUUUCAUCUUUGUUGGAAGCUGCCCAGAGUGGCUGGGGAAACCCAGCCAGAUGGGCGGGGUACAAAUAAUAAAUUAUUAUAAGCUGGCAACAGAUGUAAUUAAUGAUGUAAUCCCAUUCCCAUCCUUUGAUCUGGCCUGGGAGUCGACAAGUGUGGGCAUGAGCCUUCAUUUGCAUUCUUUCUUUAUCUCUGCAGUCAAAAUCAGGCUAGUUUCCUUGUUCCCAGACAACUGGCUCCUCCUUCCUUCCUUCCCCCAUGCAGGCAGGUGUUUGAUAGCUGGCCAAGCCAUGAAGUUGUUUUCACUUCUUCUCAAACAGCCACGUUCCUUACCUUAAAGCUACAACUCCAUCGCAAACCAGGAGCACCACAUUCUGUUUUAUUCCCUGGCAAUACAGGUGCCCUGCUCUGAUUCAUGGGCCCAGUUUGUCAAUCCAGAUCUAGAUCAUGAUCCAGAUCAUGAUCCAGAAAAUACAAGUCUUUGGGAAACCCAUUUGCUGGCAUAUCAAGGGCUGCUAGCUCAGAUGGCUUCAAAACGGGAUUAGACAACAGCCUUCUUCCUUCCUUCCUUCCUUCCUUCCUUCCUUUCUUUCUUUCUUUCUUUCUUUCUUUCUUUCUGCCACAGCACCAGAUGUCAGGCUGGGUCUUUGCAAAAAGAAAACAAAAUGGCACACUUGGAGAGCCUGGGUAACAGCUUCUCUCUGCUUCUUUUUCAGGUCCAACUGAUGGUCUCCAAAGUCUUGCUAGACUCAAUUGGAGUUAUAUGCAUCCAACUGAGAUGGGAUCUAGUACUCCAUCUUUUCUGAUGAUCAGGAGGUAAUUCCAUAAUUAAAUGUAUAUACCUUCCAUCAACGAUGGGGAACAUGUUGCCCUCCAGAUGUUACUGGUCUGCAACUCCUGUCAUCCCCAAACAUUGACCAUGAUGCCUGUGAUGGAAGGAGUUGGCACCCGGGAACAUCUGAAGACCUCAUAGAUCCCACACAGUCUAUUAAAUGGUGAACAUCUGGUAAUGUAUUAUGGGGAAGCCACUUUCAGCCUGAGGGCUGGUAUCAAAGCAGAGAGCCUAUAAAUAAACACCAACAAAUGUUGCAAAGGAAGAUAUUUCUUUUCAGCAGACACCAGUAACUGAGAUUUCAGCUGCAAUUUUAAAAAGAACCAAAAAUUCUCCAUCUGAUUUAUCAGCUGAUCUAGUGUACAGAUCUUACAAUCAACCCGUUUCUUCCACAAAGAAGAUUGCCCCAAAUUUGAUUUACCCCAUAAAAUGAAUAUAGAGAGAAAAGAUGGAUCAAACCCAUAACUGUUGCUUGCAAAUGCUUACUGAAGUCCUAUAAACUAGAUGCCCAGGAGCUUAGAGAGGAAUAAGAUGCAAAUGAGAAAGCUAUGUUAUCUAAAACAUUUUUUUAAAUGCCUUUGAAUCCAUAUGGAACAUCUUUUUAAAAUGGAGAUUGAUCCAGCAAAAGAAAAAGACAUUUCAGUCAUAUUGGACUCAACAAUGUCUUUAUGGGAAAGGAUUGUCUGAUCCUGACAGACGCCAAAGUUUAAUGUUGGAAAUGCCUCAUUGAGACCCAUUUUUGGCCAGAAGUUGUUGCCCAUUUCAACUUUGUACCGAUGAAAUCCUUGACAUUUGUAGACGUGCAUCUAUUUUAAAAAUUAUGUUCUUGAAAUGGGGAGUUUAAGUGCAGGACAACAAAGAGAAUAUUGUGAACUUUCAUGCUUGACAAGAGACUUAUACUCUGAGCUUGGAAGGGAAAACCCCCCAGCAUCCAAGCAAUGUGUUCAUGGUCUUAUCCUCCAUGUUAUAAUAGUUUGUUGUUUCACAGACACAUCUGA